AUGGUAGAGACGGGUGUGGGUGAUUUGAUUAAUGUUCCGAACAAAGCGGAGGUUGAUAAUGAUGCGACUGCGAGGCUUGAAGAUGACGAGGAAGUUAUUCGUACCAAGGAAGCGCACUCGAGAGCUUCUGUUCUUGAAAUUAUUGGUGACAUCCCAGAUGCUGAUUUAAAGCCUCCAGAGAAUGUGUUGUUUGUACGUAAUCUUAAUUCUGUUACCGAGGACGAGGACUUGCAUAUAAUAUUUUCACGCUUUGGGACUGUGAAAUCUGUUGAUAUUAUCCGUGAUUACGAAACUAAUGAUAGUCUGGGCUAUGGUUUCAUUGAGUUUGAGAGUAAAGAUGCUUGCGAACGAGCUUACUUUGGUAUGGAUGGCACAUUAAUUGAUGAUAGAAGGAUACAGGUUGAUUUUAGUCAAAGUGUUUCUAAACAAUGGCACCAAUACAAGAGGCAGGGGACUCGAGUUAAUGAUUCUUCAACCGAUCGCAUGAUCUUAUUUCACAAAAGAACCAGCCGCUCAAGCACCCUUGGCCCAAAGAGAAAUCAUGAAUCUUUUGCACGCAAGGCUAGAAUCGGUGGGCAGAGAGUGAGUUCUAAGAGAAGAACAAAGAGGCGACCUGACGAAUGUUUGUAA